GCCCCCUAGCGAGCUUUUUGGCAGUGCGGGGAUCUGAAGCCGCCCCCCCCCUGCUCCGACAAGUUGCCUAAGGUGGGGGUUGCUUCCAAAUAACCUGUUUGUCAACCCCACCCAUCCAAUUUGUUGGUACAAGGUUUGUGAGGAAGUUAGGCAACAUCAGAUAUUUAUCUGGCAUUCCUUGUGAUUUGCUUGUGAAGAGGUUAGGCAACGUCACAUUAAGGCAUGUGUCAAGGGUUGGGCUAGAUGACUCACAGGGUCCCUUCCAACCUUGCAAUUCUAUGACUCAUCCCACACUUCCCCACUGCAUUUGCCCUUUGCUUUCCUCCCUGCAAAAAAGUCUGAUAUUUUUAGGGAAGUGGGUUUGUGGUGCGAAACCUCCCAACCGACUAUAAUUGCACAACCCUGAAUGGACCGGGAACAUGUUUGAACCCCGCUCGAAAAUAGCGUCCGACUAGAAGAAUGAAUGCACGCACAUUCCAAUAUGAAAGCAUGUGAGAGAAUUGCACGCUUGCAAUUUGGCCAUCUGUAGCAGUUAAGGACUGCAGAGCGCCAACAGGACGCACGGAAAAAGGAGGGCACUAGGACCUUGCGCUGCCUCGCUUAGAUGUUGUGGUACCCAGUUCAGUGGAUGCAAGAAGAUCAGCUGUUUUUGUGAGCAUCAUUGCUAGGGAACCAUGGCCAGCCAGACACAGGGAAUCCAGCAGCUGCUGCAGGCUGAAAAGAGGGCUGCUGAGAAAGUGGGAGAGGCUCGGAAAAGGAAGGCCCGGAGGCUGAAGCAGGCCAAGGAAGAAGCCCAGGCUGAAAUCGAGCAAUACCGCUUAGAGCGUGAGAAAGAGUUCCAGCAGAAGCAGCAGGCGGCUCUGGGCUCGCAAGGGAACCUAUCUGCUGAGGUGGAAGCCCAAACCCGCAAGAAACUGCAGGCGAUGCAGGGAGGACAGGCCCGGGGCAAGGAUCGGGUCCUGCGCCAGCUUCUCACGAUUGUUUGGGACGUGAAACCCCAAAUACACCCCAAUUACCGUGUGGCUGCCUAGUUGACCCAUCGGCCCAGCCUACAGUUGCCAUCGAGGGGACCUUACUGACCAGCAUCAAAGACAUAUAAUGCCCCUGAUUCCUAAAGGCAAUGGUGCAGUUAAAUAAUUUUAUCUUGGCCCUUAACGGUGUUUUGGGAAUUCUUUAGAUGAUUAUUAUUUCACUUUAAUAAAAUAUAAUAAUAAUAAUAAUAAUAAUAAUAAUAAUAAUAAUAAUAAUAAUAAUUUAUUGUUUGUACCCCGCCCAUCUGGCCGAGUCUCCCCAGCCACUCUGGGCGGCUCCCAACUGAAUAUUAAAACAACACAGCAUUAAAUAUUAAACGCUUCCCUAAACAGGGCUGCCUUCAGAUGUCUUUUUAAAUUAGGAUAGCUGCUUAUUUCCUUGACAUCUGAUGGAAGGGCGUUCCACAGGGCGGGUGCUGCUACCGAGAAGGCCCUCUGCCUGGUUCCCUGUAACCUCACUUCUCGCAAUGAGGGAGUUCAUUGUUGCUCCCAGCUACUCUGGGCGCCUUCCGAUACAUAUAAGAAUGAAAUAAAACAUCAAACAUUUAAAAACUUCCCUAUACAGGGCUGCCUUCAGAUGUCUUCUAAAGGUUGUACAGUUACUGAUCUCCUUGACAUCUGAUGGGAGGACCUUCCACAGGGUGGGUGCCACUACCGAGAAGGCCCUCUGCCUGGUUCUUAGGCAUAUGACUUUAAAGUACAUGAUAUCCCCCAAAGAAUCCUAGAAACUCUGGUUUGUUCAUGGUGCCGGGAAUUGUAGCUCUGUGAGGGGUAAACUACAGUUCCCAGGAUUCUUGGUUGUGGGGGGGGGGGAGAGAGUCAUGUGCCUUCACUCAAAAUAUGGUAAGCCAAACUCUGCUGAGCGGGGCGCAUAACUUCUUCCAUGAAUUCCUACUCUGACAGCACCACUGCCUCAAGUUUAACUUUACAUGCUCCCAGAAUCUCAGUUCCUCCCAAUCUCCAGCACAUUUCAGCUUCCUGUGCUCCUAUAAUCCCCCACCAAUUUAUUUUUUUAAAAAAAUACUUCUAUCAUAUCUCAUAUCUAAGGCUGAAAAUAGCACAUGAUGGUUAUCAGCACUCCAUUAUCUCCAGACUGAAAUAGCAAGCUGGUGGCAGGAAAUUUUACUCAGUUUAAUGGAUGCCCUCAACCUUUUAUCAGCAAUAGGAGUAGGGAAGAUUUUUCAAACUGGGUCCAUAUUUUCUUGUGGGCAACCUUCUGGGGCAAAAGUGGGCAGAGCAACAGACUUUUUGCCUUCGUAUAAUAGGCUGCAUUCCAGCCGCAAAAACCAGAGGUUUCUACAGAGCUACACAUCUCUCUAGACAGGCAAACAAGAGGCACAAUCGAGGGCAAAUUCCAGUCAGGCAAAAACACUCACACAUGGAGCAAGGCAAACGAGAGAGUGUGGCUUGGAAAAACCCUGAGGCCCAUAUAGGGAAGCGUUGAGGGUCUGAGGUUCCAUACUCCUGCUCUAUAAAAGCUUUAUUUUGUCUCUACAUAGUUCCCUGUUUCUCUGUUCCCACAAUACACACACAUAUAUAUAUUUAAGGGCAGUAAGGUCCCCUUAGCUGAGCCCUACAAAAUGGGUCCAUCACCUUCCACUAAACAGUUCUCAAUUCCUCUCUCUGUUUUGCUGCACCCCAUGGCAUGAAGGGGUGUGUUGAGAAAACUGGGGCAAAAGCGUUCUUGGGAGUCCCCCCUUGCUUCCUGCUGGUGUCUGUAAGUGUGCCGAAACCGUGGCUCCUCAUUUUUGCUCUGCUAGUGUUGUACCCUGGGACUCCUCCCUGGUCCCACCCUCCCCACAAAUGUACAACUGGACAUUACAAUAGUCACUUCCAAACACGAUUAAUAAAAAAGUGUCAUUACGGUUAAAAUUGAUUUAAAAGUGCUUAUUAUACAUCUGUGGAGCAAGAUCCCCUGGUAU